AGGGCACGUUGCUCUUCCGGCCGAGCGGGGGGGACACCAUGGCGCAGACCCGCACGGCGCUGUCGCAGCUCAUCACCUGGGAGGGGCAGCACUACGACCUGCUGCAGUCCGUGAUCUUCUCCGCCCAGGAGAAGAACUUCUUCCCCUCCGAGGGGUGUUGCUACCAUUGGGCCCUGGAGGAGCAGCCGGACUUCAUCGUCUUCGGCUUCACGGUGACCCACCUCGCGAUGAUUGUGGGGGAGGCCUUGGGAAUCCCCAUCGUGGGUUUCAUCUGCCAGCCUGAUCACAAGAUCGAGGAGCGCCGGGACGUGACCACGCACCUGGACAUGUUGCUGGGCCCCACGCGCCAGGCCAUGAACUCCGAGGGCUUCAACGCCGCGCUGAUGAGCGUGGCCCAGCAGAUGUCCAUGCACGGGCUGAGCCUCAACCGCCUGCGCAAGACCCGGGGCCUGGAGCCCGCCCCGGGCAUCUCCGACUCCAUGCUCCACUUCGAGGAGCUCCAGAAGCAGAACGUGCCGAUGAUCGUGCCCAUCAGCCCCAUCGCGCUGGGAGAUUACUUCUCCAAGCUUCCGCAGUACUCCUUCACGGACUUCAUCUACCUCAGAACAUCUGCGGACACCUUGGACAACGAGGUGGACUCCUUUGUGCAGCAAGCCAUCCGCCAGGGCCGGCGUAUCGUGCUCAUCACCUUCUCCUCCAUGCCGGUGGGUGAGAGGACCAUCCUGGACAUGGCCAUCGAGGCGUGUUCCGCACAGCAGCUGGUCUUCCCAUCGAAGAGGGGCGGGCCACCUUUGGGCCUGGCGGUCAUUGCGAUGGUAGGUGGGCAAGACCACGACCCAGCAGGCCCGGAGGCGAACGAAGCGGCGGAAGCGCUGCAGAAGGAGGGCCGGCUGUUGGUGCGCAAGUCAGGGGCGUCCUUUGCAGCACUCUUCCCCUUGCUGGAUGCCGUCAUUGGCCAGGGCGGGCUGGGUGUGACCUCGGAAGCCCUGCGCGCCGGCCUCCCGGUGAUCACCAGCGGUAUCCUGCUCCUGGACCAGCGCUGGUGGGCGGCCCGGGUCUCGGAGCUGGGCUGCGGCUCGAAGCCCAUCAAGGUGGACCGGUUGCUGAAGUGGGACCACGACCAAAACUCCACGCGGCUGGCGAACUUGCUGCGCCAAGCGCUGGGGCCUCACGAGUGGGCCCUCAGGGCCAAGGAGGUGGCAAAGCAGAUGGCGGAAUCGGCCGGCGAUGACCGGGACGGCAUCAGGCGAAACGCCCAGGAGGUGUUCACCCGGGGCACAGACAACGCGGUGGUUCUGGAAGACUGCUACACCGAAGACAGGGACUGUUGCUCCUGCCUCGCCUUGCAAGCCAAGUGCUGCUUCCGCUGCUUGGAGCGCUGCUUGCGUUGCAUCUUCCUCAUGAACUUGCCAACGCUCUUGUAUGUCUUGCUCUUGCUGCUGCGGGAGUGCAUUUUCUGCGGGCCCUGCCGACGGCGCUGCAGGCCCUCCAAGCCCAAGAAGCCAUUGCCCGCAGAGGCGCUGAUGGCCGAGGCCAGCUCGGAGGAGUCCUCUGGGAGCGAUCUGGAGGCCAGCGACUCGGCCUAGUGCGACGAGGCGCUCUUCACCGUGAAUGCUGUGACUGGAGCUGCAGAGUCAAGGUUCUGCUCAGAAUGCAUGAGCGUAUAUGGGCGCUUGCACCAGUUGCCCUUGGCUCGGUUUCUUUUUAAAGGCCCGAUGGACCUGCGAAUGGUUUGGACUUUCUGAACUUGCUUGUUCGUUCAGAAGCUGGAGUCUUAGCAGGGA